AUGCCAAUCACAACUACCAGCAACCCCCUCCGUCUCCCCCCAUCCAACGCCGUCCACUGGCUCCAACACCCCCCCAACCUCCUCGCCGCCAACCCCUCCGGCGUGACUCACACCCAACACUCUCCCAGCACGUACAUCAUCACGCUCUCGAUCCCGGUGCUAUGGUUCUUCUCGUUCACAGUGACGACGGAGGCUGUGUUUGAGAACUGCGUUGACGGGGUGUUUGUAGUUACGAAGACAGGCGGGGUGCGGACGAGUAGUGAGUGGAAGGUGGUGGCGGUGGGGGAAGAGGGGGAGGAGGUGUGUGUGGUGAGUGAGGUGUUUAGAGUUUUGGAGUGUUGGUGGGGAGCGGGGUGGUUUGUGAGGUGGACGGCGGGGAGGGAGCAUGUAGUGUUGAUGGAGAGGGUGGAGGCGGGGUUGCGGGCGGCGGGGGAGAGUAAGAAGGUGAGGUAG